AUGGUUCAGCUUGUCCUAGUCAUUUUGGUUAUAUUGCAAGUCAUAUUUGUGAGUGCAGAGACUCAUAUGGCUUGGUGUGAUACUGAUACUAAUGGUACAAUGGUCUAUAUGGAAGACCCCCAGUGGACAUGUGUGUAUGAUAUAUACAACACUGAUUUUAAUAAUGUGACUUUCAGAGGCUUUGAAAUAUAUAGGGAGAACAAUAUCGACUAUUUCUGGGUCUAUUAUGAUUGUUGCUCGAUUAAUGACAAAGAGGUGUGGAAAAACCACUUUGCCGUGAUAGAUAACGUCACUGAAAUACCAAAACAACUGGGGUUCAAGUUUAGAGGAACUCCGAGUAAAAGAGGGUACCACAAUGUGGACAUCGAUGAAUAUAGUGAUACAGUCGACUGGCGUAUUUUGACCGACAAUAUCAUCGAACACUCCAGUAUUAACUUGAUUGGAAGCGCUUCAUCAUAUGAACAUCCAUAUCACUUGACUGGCUACACUUAUAUGUUCAACGUGACUGCUCCUAUGGAGACUCCGAUGAAAUAUUUGAACAUGGAUUUCUAUUGGGGAUAUUCCCCUUUUGUGAACUGCUCUGGUAACUUAAAUAUAACUCUUGUUAAUGAAGAAGACAGAGAUGACUGCCAAUUCAGAUAUGUCUCUGACACUAAUAUUAUCAAUCAUAACUCGAGUAACCAUAACUUGUAUGUGAAGCCCGUUUGUGAGUAUACCAAGGGUUUAAAGAGAAUGGCUAUUUGCUCAAAAUACACUGCAAAUGAUUACCAAGACUGCAGUUGCUCGUACAAAGAUUAUCAAUACGAAAAUAGAGCGAUAGACUGCACUUAUAUGUCACAGUACUUAACCUUCAAAAUUCAACCCUUCCAAGAAACAAUCCCAUUCGAAACGUUUUGGAAUACUUUGGACACCACGGGCGUCGCUACACAACUGACGAUCCCAAAGGAAAAGAAUAUGACAUUUGUUGGGGAAGUGGUACUCCCCCAAUACUCUUUACAAGUCACAGGCAAAAUCGUAUUCAAUAACUCACUGACUGUCAGAUACAGUAAUGUCUUCCACUACUUCGACUCUCUCGAUGUUAAUAAAAUCAUUGUGGAAGAUACUGUUGAUGAAAAGGAAGUGCUUUUUGUGGGGAAGUGCACUGGUACAAACUGUGCGACAGUGUUAGAGGAUGCGCGGAUAUCAAGUUCAUUGUGUGGAGGUUCAACACUCCGAUUUUAUAAGUCGAGUGGUGCCGUUGAGUGCAAGUGUGAGCAGAAGGACUCGACUGUUUUGUAUCAAUCGGACUGUAUGGUACUUUCAAAACAGCGGUCGAACAAGUACGACUUGUUUUUGACACAAAAGGAAUUCAGCUUUGAUGACGACACACAUUACUUCCAAAGUUUGAACUUGACAAAAGACGUGAAAAGUGUCAACUUUAAAAAUACUGUCAUCGAAGGUACUUGUGACUUCUCUGCUGUCACCGACCUGUUACUCUUCGGGCAUUUAAGUUGUGAGAAAGUGUUAAUUGGCGCGUCGACAAGAGUCGUUGGAAAUACUGGGAGUUCAUUUAGAAGUUACAACUUUGAAGUGAUUGGAGUGGUCGAUAACUUAAAUACAAAUGCAGUGUUUUCCAUGGGUGAAGGGGAAUUUGUUUCUGAUGGGUCGUUAUCAUUAGUGAUGACCGAUGUACGAGCAACUCAACAGUGUUUCGAAUUGAGUUCUUCGAAGAAAGGAAUGAACUCUGCAAUGACUGGUACAAUAGGAGGGACUGAUUAUCAACUGAUUAACUUCAAUAAUGAUGUGAGGGUAUGUCCAAGUUCGUUAAUUAACAAUCGCAUAGAAUGUGUGUUCAAAGAUUCUGAAUAUAAUGGAUUUAAGUAUGACCAAUGCCCAUGCUCAGGAGAGACCUGUACAUUCACAAUGGACCCAUCUCUUUCACAAAUACACUUCAAGCAAGAUGAAAGUUUCAGUGGGAUGUUGUUACUCAAUGCAGACGUUUCAUUCACUUCGCCAAGUCUAUUUUUCAAUACAAUUGAAAUACGGAAAGACAAAUUGUUGAUUAAAAUGAGCGGCGACCUUACAACAAGCUUCACAAACAUUUCAAGUGUUAACCAUUUCAUGCUGCAGACGGAUGGCAAUUUGCAUAUUAAGACAAUACCAAAAGUUUCUAUAUACACAACAAACUCGGGCUCUUUUGCUAUUUCUGGAGAUAAUGUCGUGUUAUAUAUCGACUCUACUGGGACCAAUGAAUUGAGUUUGUCUUCUCCAAAUAUGCUUGUGAUGGCAAGGUAUGGCUUCAACGAAAAUGAUGACGGCACCUUUGUAAUUACAAAAGAUGGAGAGUACCGUAGUGCUGUUAUUAAAAAUUCAGUUGUCACAAAUUUGAUGUGUUCUCUGAGUGCAGCGGGGAAGUCUUGUCAUAGUGACAGUGUUGUUCAUUGUAGUCUUUACAACAUGUUAAAUACAUGUUCCGAGUGUGAGGAAGGGUAUACUCUUAAAAAGAAUAAUAACAAAUUUGAGUGCAUAGUCAUCUCAGAGAGUCACUGCACUCGGUUGAGUAACAAUUCGAAGUGCAUUUCAUGUGGAAGUGGAUUCUAUCUUGAUGCUAACACAUUAAAAUGCUCUGAUGACAUUUCUGGAUGUUCGUUUUAUAAGAACAAUUGGUGUAGAAGAACGAAAACAAGUGAUCCAGCCAUGUACUUUAAAGGAAGUAAAACAACUGAAAAGUGUGACACAAAUUGUGUUCAAUGUUUUGGAGCAAAGUGCUCUAUAUGUAAAAACAAUUAUUAUUUAAAUUCGAUCAGUAAAUGUGAGUUACUAAGCACUUUAAAUUAUGACGUUGUUGCGAACAAUCACUUGAUAACUUGUGCUGAACACUACUUUUUAAGUGACACUGGGACAUGCCUCAACUGUAACACUAAAUAUGGAAACUGUGCGAAGUGUGACAACACACAAUGCUUCCAAUGUGACGUUGAUAAUAUUCUUCACAACUCCGAAUGUGUUUCGAAGACUUCUACACAAUGUGGUGCGGAUAAAAACUCGGUUUGUUUCCUAUGUGACCCACUGUAUUACAAUCGCUUUGGCUGUAUUCCUUGCCCUAAUAAUUGUAACUCUUGUAAUGAACAUGGAGAGUGUCUUUCAUGUAAAAAUGCGUACUACUUAUCCGAAGGAAUGUGUGAGAAAACAAUCAACGAAUCGAAUGCAGACUCUCUCUCUUCCAUCUUCAUGUCUUGUGACAAUUUUGUGAACGGGAAUUGCCUCAGGUGCAAAGUAGGGUUCUAUUUAGAAGAUGGAAAUUGCGAGAGAUGUGUAAAAACGUGUUACACAUGUUCUCAAGAGGCGUCCAAUUGUACUUCAUGUAAAGGUGAGAACGUCAACUUGGUGGGAAGUGAUUGUGUCACAUACGACGCGACGUCUAAUCCGUGUUCUGCUUCUAACCCAACGAAUACAGGAUGCUCUAUUUGUAAAAUUGGGUAUUACAGAAAAGGUACAAAUUGUUAUCAAUGUCCAGAACAUGUUGUUGAGUGUCAAAGUGACAUCUUACCUAUCAAGUGCGACAGUGACUCUUUCUUGUAUCAAAAUUCAAAAUGUGUUGCGUUCACUUCACUUGAUAACUGUUACCAAGCAGACACCACUGGAUGUGUAAAGUGUUACUUUGGAUACACUGUAGUCGACUCGUAUUGUAAACCAUGUGGCGCCAAUUGUUUGUAUUGCACUACACCUGAUGUCUGUUCCUUGUGUAAAGAAGGUCUUGUUGUAGAGAGUGGAGUCUGUGUGAGUUAUCAGAAAGUGUCACAUUGUAAAGAGAGUGAUGGAAAUUCGUGUACCAAGUGUACACGUGGGUAUACUCUAUCGAGUGGGGUGUGUCAGAAGCAGUCUUUGUGGUAUGUAUACCUUAUAAUAGCUAUAAUAGUAUUAGGUAUCAUAUGUUUAGUAGUAUUGAUAGUUGCGUAUUAUAUUGUCAAUAAGAAGGUGAAAGUGAAGAGAGAGAACAUAUCCCGCAUCAAAGAGUUGAAAGACAAAAUUGAUUUGGUGUUUGCCACGGACUUUCUUGUGUGCGACCACCCCAAUUUUGAGUUUUAUGACGAAGAAGAACUUAAAGUUGGUGAAACAAAGAAGUUCUCUAUUAUCAUUGGAAAUGUUGGGAAGGACAAAAUCAGAAUAUCGCCGUCUGUUGUCGAGAAUGUGAAGUAUGAACUCGCUGUGGAACCUUACUUAGUGAUUCUCAAACAUGGGGAUUAUACCACUUUUAACAUAGAAAUUAAGCCGUUGUGUUCAACUACAAUCAACGACUCGAUUGCAUUCAACGUUUUACACUUCAGAAAUGAUAAAGAAGAAAUCUUUUCAGUCAACUUGGAAGGGUCCACAAACAUCACAAACAAUUUGGACUACGACCAACUCGACAUCAAGCGGAAAGUAGGCGAAGGUUCAUUUGGAGUUGUUUAUAACGGAUACUUAAAAGGGGAGGAAGUUGCUAUAAAAGUACUCAAAGAAGACUCAGUGACUGAUGAGAAGCUUGAGGAGUUCCACAAGGAAGUUUCUAUGUUGGACAAAUUUAGAAGUCCCUUCAUUGUUCACUUCUUUGGAGCCGUCUUCAUACCGGGGAAGAUGUGUAUGGUCACCGAAUUUGCAAAAUACGGCAGUUUGCAGCAUCUCAUCUUUAACACAAAGACUCGGAAAGUCCCACGUGAAGCAGUUCGAAUCAAAAUAUGCCACGACUUCGCUCGGGCUUUGUUGUACUUGCACUCCAAUGGGAUUUUACACAGAGACAUUAAACCAGACAAUGUCUUAGUCUUCUCUCUCGAUAAGAACAUUCCAGUCUUCGCUAAACUGACCGACUUCGGGUCAUCGAGAAAUUUGAAUAUGUUAAUGACUAAUAUGACAUUCACUAAAGGUAUCGGUACACCCGCAUAUAUGUCUCCUGAAGUCUUGGAACAGACUAGAUAUAAGACACCAGCAGAUGUAUACUCAUUUGGUGUCACUAUGUAUGAAACAGUGUCUUGGUCGCAUGCCUUCAAAAAAGAGGACUUUGGCUUCCCGUGGGAAAUCGCACAAUUCGUGACUGAAGGAAAACGCCCGUUACAAAACAAGUUAAUCAGUGAUGGGGCUUUUGAAGUCAUUACCGAGUGUUGGGGGCAAAAUCCACAAAACAGGCCGAGAAUGGAGGAUGUCUGCAAGAAAUUGAGUAAGCUCAACACUGUUUAUGACUAA